AAAUGAUAAUGGAAAUUCUGUUCAAAAAUCAAGUUUGUGCUUAGUAUUAAGUAUGACCAAUUAUUUAUUUAUGAUUUUUGUAUUAUUUCAACUAAAGUGUUCCAAAAUUAAUCAGUAAAACUCUUUAUUUAAAAAUAAAAUAGAGAAAUGUGUUUGAUAAAAAUCCUUUGAAAUUAACCUAAGGUCAGUUGAACAGAAUGUUUAAUAGACUUAAAGAAAUUAUAAAAUAAUAUUUUUACGUCAGAAUAAAUUUGAUAUAUAAAAUGGCAUCUGUUAGAGAUAAGCAAAUUAGUGCAUUAAAAGAAAUGCUUAACCUAAAUAGUUCUGAUUUUAAAGAUAAUGGUUCUGAACCUGUUUGGAAAGUACUAAUUUAUGAUCGUCGUGGACAAGAUAUUUUAUCUCCAUUAAUUCCUAUAAAAGAAUUACGUGAGUGUGGUGUAACUCUUCAUUUGAAUAUUCAUUCGGAACGGGAUCCAAUACCAGAUGUUGCAGCUAUUUACUUUUGUAUGCCUGAUCAAGAAAAUCUAGAUCGAAUUGCGCAAGAUUUUCAAAAUAAUGUGUAUGAGAAGUAUUAUUUAAACUUCAUUUCAGCCAUAUCUCGUCAAAAAUUGGAAGACUUAGCAAGUUCUGCUUUACAAACUGAUAAUGUUAACCAAGUUAAUAGAAUAUUUGACCAAUAUUUAAAUUUUAUUUCUCUAGAAGAUGAACUUUUUGUUUUGAAUAAUCAAAACAAUCAAGCUGUAUCCUACUAUAAUUUAAAUCGGGCUGAUGCUAAAGAUACUGAUGUAGAAGUUAUGAUAGAUGACACUGUAGAUGGUUUAUAUUCUGUUUUUGCUACUCUUGGAACUCUACCUAUUAUUCGAAGUGCCCGUGGAAAUGCAGCUGAAAUGGUUGCUGAAAAGUUAGAUAAAAAACUUAGAGAAAAUUUGCGUGAUACACGUAAUAGUUUGUUUUCAUCAGAAAGUUCGGGAGUUUAUAACUUUCAAAGACCACUUUUAAUUGUAUUAGAUCGUAAUGUUGAUAUGGCAACUCCUUUACAUCAUACUUGGACUUACCAAGCAUUGGUUCAUGAUGUUUUAAAACUAAACUUGAAUAGAGUUACUGUGACACAGGAACAAAAAAAGCCAAAAACUUUUGAUUUAGACCCAAAAGAUUCAUUUUGGGUAACUCAUAAAGGUAGUCCAUUUCCAACAGUAGCAGAAUCUAUUCAGUCUGAAUUGGAACAAUUAAAAAAUUCUGAAGAAGAAGUUAAACAACUAAAGGAAUCAAUGGGUUUAGAUGGUGAAAGUGAUGUAGCUCUAGCUAUGAUGACUGAUAAUACUGCUAAAUUGACCUCUGCUGUCAAUAAUUUACCACAGUUAUUAGAAAAAAAAAGAUUAAUAGACAUGCAUACUGAUUUAGCUACAAGUAUACUCUCUGCCAUUAAAUCUCGUCGUUUAGAUCUUUUGUUUGAAUUUGAAGAAAAGGUUAUGAGUCAAGCUUCAUUAGACAAACAAAUAUUAGAUGUUAUCAAUGAUCCAGAAGCUGGUACUGCUGAAGAUAAAAUGAGACUUUUUAUAAUUUAUUACAUUUACACACAUACAAUAUCAGAUUUAGAUAUGGACAUGUAUUUAUCAGAAUUGGAAAAACAAGGUUGUGAUUUAAGUCCCUUAAAAUAUAUCAAAAGAUGGAAAAUGUAUUCUAAUAUUACCUCUACUACCAACCAAUAUGGAGGUGGUACUAAGUCAGUUAAUAUGUUUGAAAAAUUACUUUCUCAUACAUCCUCUUUUGUUAUGGAAGGAGUAAAAAAUUUAGUUGUCAAAAGACAUACGUUUCCAGUAACUCGGAUUCUUGAUGAAUUAUUGGAAAAUAAACAAUCUUCUGGGUCAUCAGAUGAAUUUCGUCAUUUUGAUCCAAAACAGCUGCGCAAUUCUGAUAAUUUUAAAACUAAAAAUACAUUUAAUGAAGCAAUAAUAUUCAUUGUUGGUGGUGGAAAUUAUAUUGAAUAUCAAAAUUUGUUAGAGUAUAUAAAAAAUAAAACUGUGACUCCUGGUAUGCCAACAUUAAAAAUUGUUUAUGGAUCAACAGUUAUAAAUAAUGCUCCAGAAUUUUUAGAACAACUAUCUUUACUUGGCAAAGAACUACAGUAAUACUCAUAACUUAAGGUUAUCAUUAAAAAUAAAUAAAUAUAUAUGUAUUUAUAAAUGUGUAUAAUUAAAUUUAAACAUAUAAAUAUUUGUGUGUGUGUAUAUUCAAAUUUAAACUAAUUAAUGUUUCAUGUAUACUACAUUAUAAUUAUUGUUAUUUCUGUCAUUCCUAUUAAAUAAAAAUAUAU